CUGUCAGCUCUGGACACGCUUCUGUUCGAUGAAUGGAUCAGUGCUCCUCCAUCUCUUUGCACUCUGCAGCACGCUCAAGUGUACAUCACAGAGCUCUGUGUCCUGUCUCUGGAAACAUCAGAGGAAGAUUCUCUAGAAAGCAUCUGCAGUCAUGUGCACUCUCUGGUGGAGUCCAUCAGCCAGUCAGCAUGUAAUGUGUCUGAGAGCUUCAUGCUGACUCAAGCCCUUUAUCUUACCCUGAUGCACUUUCUCAACGACAGCCAAAAGUCUGAUAGUGAUGCGGUCCUCAUAGCCAAGCAAUGGGCUGAAGGAGAGCUCUGCACUGAGCACCUCUUUGCUACAGAAAUCCUCAGCCUCCUCAUAUCAUCACUGGAUGAUGUAGUUGACAGAGAUGCUGAAGAAUGGAGGGAAUUCUACAAGUAUUUUGGCAUUACAGUUGAUACAAAUACAAAUAAGACCGACGACAAGAAAAGAAAAGGGUGUUACCAAAAGGACAUUGUCUAUGGAACCAUUGAAACCUUUGCUGCAGAUCACCUUCGGCAGGUAUUUGAGAUGAAGGAUGUGAGACCUGAUCGCUGCUAUCAGUGCAUCAUAAUUGAUGAAGUGGACUCGCUACUUCUGGAUCAGGGAGUGCAGCUGACAUACCUAUCCACCCCCAUGGUCUCCAUGCAGCACCUGAACACCAUUCUGGCCAUGAUCUGGGGCCAUGUCUGCCAGUAUGGUUACCUGUCCUCAGGACAACAGGUAUUUGUACAAGGUCCUCCAGCUUCAUUCUUCAAGGUCAUCUUUGACUCAAUCAACACAGAUGAGAGCGAAAUUAAUGACCCAAUGGACAUUUUAUACAUCGCUGAAGAGACAAACACUGUGCCAGAAGGAUUUACAGAGGAUAUCUACAAGAGUGAAAACAAUGAAAUUCUUCAGAAACUGGGAACUGUAAAUCAGGAUGCUGUAGUUGAUUUUUUGGGGGAAAUGGAGAGCUAUGUUCCCUAUGGCUUUACAGUGUACACUUUAGAUGAUGACGGACUGCUCUGUCUGAAAAAGCGCAGCUCGUACAACAAGCUCAACAUUCCAGAGUUGAAGUUUCUUGUCUUAGAGAAAGGUUUAUGCUGUCCUCUCUAUGACUCAGAGGACAUUCUUAUCGGGCCCAUUGCAGAAUUAAUCUCUGACAAAAUACAGUAUACCCCAUGCAAAAACAAUGAUAACAAAAUCAGCAUUCCAGGAUUCUUAAAGAAUUUGAUUGAGAAGAAAAUGUCAGCUUGGGUUCAGAAUGCUUUUCUGGCAACGAAGCUGAGGGAAGGACAGGAUUAUGUUGUAGAAAAUGACAAUAUCUGUCCUGUGGACUUCAGAUCCACCGGUGUUGUAGAACUGAAUAAGAAAUGGGGGGAUGGCCUGCAGCAGUUUGUUGAGAUCAAACACCAAAUCAAACUCAGCACAAUUUCAGCAGUGACAAACUACAUUUCUAAUGUCUCUUUCUUCAAAAAAUACCAGGGAAAAAUGUAUGGAACAACAGGUACACUUGGUGGCAAAGCAGAUAUUUUGUGUUUGCAAGAUCUAUAUCCAAACCUGACUGCCCUCAAAAUGCCAACUUUCAACAGGAAGAAGUUGUUUGAGGUCAAAGGUAUCGUGAAAGAGUCAUCCCAGGAGUGGAUAUCUGAAAUAAACCGUAUGGUUAUGGAUCAGAUUUCCCCAAACACAUACAGAGAUGGAAGAGCAGCCCUGGUGAUCUGUGAAACUAUCAAUAGAGCCAAAGAGAUCUAUGAGGAUCUAAAAGGCAAAAUCCCAGGUGAUAUCAUUCUCUACUGCCGCAGUGACAAAGACAGUCUGAGCAAAAUAGACAAGAAACUGUGUCCUGGCGAUGCUCAUGAUGACAACCUGUAUGACAUCGACCCGGCCAUUUACUGCCAGCUAAAUGCCGCUGGCAACUGGCAUAAGAUGACCACCUUUCAGUCCUGUGUACCUUUACUGAUGUCAUUCAACAGUUGA